AGCUUUCGCGGGGUUGCGCAGGUCAGAGGUUGAGCCGCGCUCUCAGGUGGGAUGAAUUCUGUCAGCAUCUGGACUGUUUGCUCAAAUAUAGGCCGUGUAAUAUUAAUGGGGUUAGAAAUUCUCUCUUAUACUUAUUGUCUUAUAGCAAACUAUAUGGCUUGAUACUGUAUUUAGAUAAUGUUAUGUUUGUGAUCCGUCAACGUAAUGCGUAACAUUUGAUGUUUUAGUGAGAUUGAACAUGAUUAGCGGUCAUAUGUGCUUCUUCACAUGAUGACCUUCUUCAUCCUCAUCAUCGCUCAGUAUGGCGGAGUCGGAUGGUGUGGAGUUCUUUGCGAAUCGAGCUCAAAGUAGGUAGCAUGGCUAACAACAAGAUCGGCACGCUCCGUUGUACUUUUUCGGCCCCCAGCCACAGUAACACACUCCUGAGGGGGUUGUCUGCAUUGCGUGAUCAGGGUCAGUUGCUGGAUGUGGUUCUGGCCAUAGAAAAGGAACGCUUCGAGGUUCACAAAGCGGUUUUGGCCUCCUGCAGUGACUACUUCAGAGCCAUGUUCACUGGAGGAAUGAAGGAGUCAAAGCAGGACACCAUAGAGCUACAAGGUCUUUCAGCCAAAGGACUGAAGCACAUUAUUGAUUUUGCCUACAGUUCUGAGGUCACUUUGGACCUGGACUGUAUUCAGGAUGUUCUCGGAGCUGCUGUGUUCCUGCAGAUGGUGCCUGUGGUGGAGCUUUGUGAGGAGUUUCUCAAAUCAGCCAUGAGUGUAGAGACAUGUCUGAACAUUGGCCAGAUGGCCACUACGUUCAGCCUCUCCUCUCUUAAAAAGUCGGUCGAUGCAUUCACUUUCCGUCACUUCCUGCAAAUCGCUCAGGAAGAUGACUUUCUUCACAUUUCAAUGGAACGACUGGUUUUCUUCCUACAGAGCAACAAAUUAAAGAACUGCAGUGAGAUUGACUUGUUCCAUGCUGCGAUCCGCUGGCUGCAGCAAGAUGAAUCCAGGCGAGCUGCCGCCAGUGAAGUGCUCUGCCAUGUGCGCUUUCCGCUAAUGCGAUCGUCUGAGCUGGUGGACAACGUCCAGUCUGUCAGCAUAAUGGUGGAGGAUGUGCAGUGUCGUCAGUUCCUCUUAGAGGCCUUCAAUUAUCAGAUCCUUCCUUUCCGACAGCACGAAAUGCAGUCGCCGCGAACAACCAUUCGUUCAGACGUCACAUCGUUGAUCACUUUUGGUGGAACACCAUACACUGACAAUGAUCGCACUGUUAGCAGCAAAGUUUACUAUCUACCUGACAUCACAGCACGACAGUUCAAAGAGUUGACGGAGAUGGAUAUGGGAUGCAGCCAUGCAUGCGUGGCGGUUCUAAACAAUUUUGUGUACGUGGUCGGUGGGCAGCAUCUGCAGUACCGCAGUGGCGAGGGCGCAGUUGACAUCUGCUUCCGCUUUGACCCUCAUCUCAACCAAUGGCUUCGAAUCCAACCCAUGCAGGAGAGUCGCAUUCAAUUUCAACUCAAUGUUCUCCACGGACAACUUUAUGCUACAGGGGGCCGCAACAGGUCUGGCAGCUUGUCUUCUGUAGAAUGCUACUGCCCCAGGAAAAAUGAGUGGACCUACAUGGAUUCUUUGAAGAGGAGAAUCUGGGGUCAUGCCGGAGCUACAUGUGGGGAGAAACUCUACGUCUCUGGGGGUUACGGUGUGUCCGUGGAGGAUAAGAAGACUCUGCAUUGUUACGAUCCAGCCUCUGAUCAGUGGAACUUUAGGUGUCCCAUGAAUGAGCCGCGAGUCCUGCAUGCUAUGAUCAGCGUGAAUAACCGUGUUUAUGCCCUUGGUGGCAGAAUGGACCAUGUCGACCGCUGCUUCGAUGUUCUGGCUGUAGAGUUUUACAUUCCAGAAACUGAUCAAUGGACAACAGUCAGUCCAAUGCGUGCUGGUCAGUCUGAAGCUGGCUGCUGCUUACUGGAUAAAAAAAUCUAUGUAGUUGGAGGAUACAACUGGCACCUCAAUAAUGUCACAAGUAUUGUGCAGGUUUACAACACUGAAACAGAUGAGUGGGAAAGAGAUCUUCAUUUUCCUGAAUCUUUUGCGGGAAUUGCUUGUACACCUAUUAUAUUUCCCCAAACCAAACGCUAGAGUUUGGUCAACAGAAAACACACAUUCUCUUAUAUUUUCAUUGUUCUUUUUUUUAAACUUUAAGGUUUAGUGUCUACCCCAAAAGCAGCAGAAGAAAUUACAAGAUUGAUUUGACUGUUUUGUAUACAAGCUUUUGCCUUAUGAAAAGAUAUCUCUAAAUUUAUUCCAUGAUUCAAAGGGAUGGUUCACCCAUAAAUUUACUCAACCUCAUGUACUUCAAAAACUUUAUGGCUUGACUAUGACCAGUUUUCUGUGGAACACAAUAGCAGUUUUUACAGUAGAAUGUUCAAGCUGCUCCGUUUCAUCCAAUUGCCAUACAAGGCAAAUAGUUCACCAUUGCUAACAACCAAGAUCUUCAAGGAAAGAUUUUAGAUAAAUUAUGAAUUCAGUUUCAGCCUGUUCUUCACACAAAUAUAUCAUAAGGCUUCAAAAGACUUGGAAUAUUGUGCCCAAGUAGUAAGGACUACAUUUAUAAUGCUUUUAUGGGGCUUUUUGUGUUGUUGUCCUUUUUGGAGAUUGACAGCCCUUGAUCACAAUCCACCUUCAUUGUAUGGAAGAGAGCAGUGUUAAUGUUCCACUAAAUAUCUCUUGGUGUUCCAGAUAAGAAAGUCAUGAAUUUGGAAUGACACUAGCAUGAGUAAAUGAUUACAGAAUCACUUGAAGGUGCUUUCACACCACUGAUGCUUAAUGACACAAAAGCGUAAAACUUUUUGAUAAGCUUGUUCAGAACAUUAAGCAUCUUACUACACUUCUCAAGCAGUCUAUGUGAUUCUUAUUGGUACUUGUACAAAACUCUGUCAUUACGGUGGAAAGGGGCAAUGACGUUUAUUUUUAUAUAUAUAAUUGGCAUAAAUGAUUUCAAGCGUGUCGCUCUUUGACAAAAAAAAUACCUGAAUGGCCACAUAUGAAUCAAGAUUCAAGAAAUGAUUGGUUGUUUUUGUCUGUUCUUGAUUUUGAAUGGUUAUGUAUUUCAUAAAAUUAGACAUUUUCAACAAUAAAAAUUUGGCAACCAUUACUUUAUUUAGAACGUAAGCAACAGAGGUGGCUAAAUUCACAUGCACAUUAUUAUUAUUAUUUAUUUUUUUUUUUCUGAACACUUCAGGGAACAAUUGUUAGAUUUGUUAUUUAUUUUUAUUACAAGGAAGCAACUUUUAGAAACCAACAAUCUCAUUGUUUAUAGCCAUUUUAUAUUCAAACUAAAUGGAACUGAAAUAUAAAAUUUUGACAUUGAUUCGCUGGGUAAAAAUAUUUAUAACCUUUGUCUACCUACAAGUUUUGUUUCAUAAAUUAAGCUAGCACAUUUAAUGAUGCACUUUAAUGUUCAAUGUAUUCAAACAUGAAUUUAUUGACAAAGAUAAAAACAGUGCAGUGUUUUCUCUGAAUGUGUAAUGUGCACAACUGAUGUUUAGAGACUGGAUCAAAUUUGUUUAACAAUGCCAGAAAAUGGUGGUCUUGCAUGAAUAACACAGACAUUCACAGUCGCUUUUCAUGUAUUAUGCGAACAUAUAUCCGUUCCAGAAUAUGAAUAUAUUGAUUGUACAGUGUACAAAAAUGCUACAUUUUAAAAUGUUUUGUUGUUUAUUACAUUUGUGUUAAUGUCGGAGUUAAAGGUGUAACAAAUAUUGUUUUGGUUUCCAACUACACAGUUACUGUACAUUCUCUAUAUUUAGCUAAUUUACCAUGUGAAUAACUGUGCAUAAAUGUGAAGCACAGUGAAUAACUGUCACCUAUAGCUCAGGAUUCAUCUAUGUUGUAGGGCUGUCAAAUAAAAAUUUGAAUAUUUGGCGAAUUGAAGACAAAUACGCACAUUCAAAUUUUAAAACUGCGCAAGUGCCAAGCACUGGCGAUGACUUCAGACCGAUCGCAUUCUUGCACUUAAAAAGGCUAGACACUGUGCAACAAAUACAGUUUUAACAGGAACUAAGUGUCUUGAGUUCUUUUUAAAUUGUCUUGGCAUCUAAAAAAAAGUGUUCCUGAAGCGAAUCAAAAAUGUUCGUCUAGCACGUUUACAUAGAAAAACAAAUGUCUAACUGGAUGUUUGUAAAAGCAUUCAGUGUGAACAGCCCCUUACAGUUGGUGGAGGUCUUUGGCUGUUGCAUCUUGCUCUCUUAUCAGCAUUUCUCAGAUUAAGUAAUGGGUUUGUCUGUAAAGGAGUUCGAGUUGGAAAUGUCUCUCGAGAUCCUCGCGUUCUGUUCCUUUCUGUUGUGUUCCAUCUGUUUGAACAGCCCCUGACCAUGGAUCAUGAGCCACUUUACCAACGAGUUCAGCAGAAUACCACUGCUAUCUGGGAAUAAAUCUACCCUACAUACAGCUGCAAUGGAAAAACACUGUGGUGUAUUGCUGUUAUUAUGAAGUUUAAGUCUGUGGUGGUAUAUACUGUAGCACCAGUGCAAGUGUAACACCCUGUUAACACAGAACUGGCUAUUGAUGAAUUUCCCCCUCGUUUUUUAAUUUUUUAUUUGACUUAAAAUUUGAGAAUACGAAAAGCUUACAUUUCUUAUUUUUUUUUUUAAAUGCACAUAAGAUUUAAAUUUUGUCAAUGUUUUGUUUAACAGCCAGGAAUGUUCUUUGCAAUACUAUAACACGGUGCCCUGUAUAUUCAAUGUGCCCUCUUGUGGAUUAAGGAAAUUACAUCAAUUAAAAAAAUCAGAUGACUUAAUGUUGAUUGUCUGCCCAAUUGACAGCCCUACUAUGUUGUACUAAUGUUGGAAACUUUAAAAUGUUAAAGUGGAAAACACCUGGUUAAGUUGAGACUGUUGAGUUAGUCAGCUGGGUCUCAACACAUUAUCAAAUGGCCUUUAAUCUUCUAUGGGACUAAUUUCACAGAUCAGCCUUAAUUAACCUGUUUAAAGCACCUCAAGUGAUGUUACUAAAAAGUAAAAGCCCAGUCAGCUUUUCUUUUUUUUAUAUUACAUCAUUAGAUUCCAUCUUUUAUAUUAAUUUUUCAAGAAGACUCAUUGGACAAGUUUAUGAAUUUAUCGUUUAUAGCAUGAAGUUACAUAAUACAUAUUUUUUAUCAUUUUGUGGAAGUAUAAUAAAUGCAAUUCUUAAUUUGAUGUAUAAAAUGAUGUAUUCCAUUUUAAAAUGUUUGGUAUUAAACAUUUUGAAAGAUCAUUGAAUGUAUUUCUCUUGACAGCACUUUUUUUUUUUUGCAAUAACCCUUGCUUUCUGUCUUCCAAGUGUGAAAUUACUUUUAUGUUUUUGUGUUCUUAUUUCAUCCAUCUGCUUUGUUACAGUGUUGUCUAAUUAUAAAUUAUUAAAUGUGUAUUUGUUGUCAAAUGUAAAAAAAAUAAUAAUAAUUUCUCCACAUCCAAAGCAUAAUAUGUUACUUAUUCUGUUGUGGGCAUGGCUGUUGUCAUAGCAGUGUGUAGAAUCUAAUUAACUGUAUUUUUAAAGUCAUAUGGCAUUAUAUCCUGUGAUAUUGACUAGAAUAAUAAUAAAAAAUCUGCCCAUAAAAUUUAUUUAUAAAUGCGUAUGGAUGUGUAUGUUUGUAUGUAUGUA